AUGACAAGAAAGAGUUUACAAUUUCUCGCCACCAUCUCGCUCUUUGGGCUCCUUGUCAGCGUGGAUGCGAUGAGGACGGAGCGGGGGCGGAACCGAUCAAGCUUCGAGGAGAUGUUCGGAGUGGAUUUACCUUUGACGAUGACAGACCGUAAGAUGAUGUGGCAAGUAGCAACAGUCUUCAACAGGAGCUACGCCCGCUACUUCAACUUAAGCGCACAGAACCUUUCUUCCUUCUACGUGGGACCCAACAGUCAGGACCUGGACGACGAUGAUGCUUCGGAAGACGACCCUGAGUUCGUUGAGAGACUGAACGAGAUGAAUGAAGUGCUUGAGAAUACUGAAGAGAACGAUAUAGACCAGAUGUACGAGGAGUUGAUGGAUGAAAGGCUGAGCUCGCCUGAAGUGUUUUCAUGGUCGUCAGCCAAUGAGCCGGUGGAAGGGGCGCAGGGCCCCUUGUUCACCAACCAGCAGAUAUUCCACAGGAACGGAGAGCUCAAGGACUUUCUCAACCCCGAUGCUGAAGAAGAGUCUUCCGAGGUGAAGGUCAGGGAGCUCAACCUGUUCAAGUUCAAAGAGCUGCUGAGGAGGAGAAAACCGGUGUCACACAGCGAUCACCUCAAGAUUUUGAAGGAGGCGGCUCCUUCCAACCGCUUCCAUCCCAAGAGAUCGCUGGCCGAGGGAAAAGCAGCUGACAGGACCGAGGAGAGAGUAGAGGAGGAGCAACAGGAGCAUGUACAAGAGCAGGCGUUCGAUCCCACUCCUCUGGCAGGGAAAGCUUUUGGGCAGAUUGAUGUAGAUGAUGAAGAAAUCAAAGAGCCUCCUGACCAUGCUCUGUUUCCUCGUCCCACCUAUCCGCAAGCUUUUGACGACUCUCCUGCCAUGUCGGCGUUCCAACGACUGAUUGCUCCUCCCAAGAACAGAGCCUACGAUCUCAUGGAGGAGACGGCGCAAGAAAGAGAGCAAAGAAUCGUCGACGGUCUGAUCGAGCGAGAGCAGAUGAGAUUGGAAAUGAAGAGGCAGGAGGAGAAUGAAAUGAGAGCGAUAGAAAAUGUGCAGGUGCAAGGAGCGUUGGAAUUUCAAGAUGAGAAGACGCCAUGGGAUGAAGAGGAGAGUGAAGAUGGGAUGAGACUGGCAGGGGAUCUCAAGAAAGACGAUGCGAGAUUGAUAGAGCAAUACCAGGAGGGAUCUUGGACUUUCCCCCAGGAAAUGACGCUGUACAAAGAAGAAGAGGCUCCUAUUCCAGCCGAUCUCCGGGAAGCUCAGGAGGAACGCGAACAACUGCUGCAGCGAGAGAGGAUAGAAAAUGGAACAAGAGCCAUCCAAGACGCUCUUACGAUGGAAGAGCUCGCUCCCUUCGCAAUCAACGUCGACAACUCCAAUGAAGAAGCACUUGAGAUGAGAGCUCACGGAUUGCCCACCUCCUUUGCCUCCGCAAGGUGGCUGAAACAGCUGCCCAAGAAGGAAGAGGAGAAGAAAACUGAAGAGUCAGACUCCAACCUUGACCGCUACAAGAAGAAAUUGCUGCCUUUUCAGAUGAGGCAAAUCAUCGGUCAACCGCAGACGUCACGAGUCAGACAGUGGGAGGAGCAUAAGGAACGGAUAGCAUGGCAGCAGCUGCCCACCGGAGCCUCCGGAGAGCUUCAGCUUCAACCGUCAGGAGGAGAGAAGGCGCUGACUCAGAGGCCGGCCAGAGGGAGGAAGAAGAAUUUGAGAAAGACCAACAGAUCGAGCAGGGAGCGAAAGAACGUCGAUCCCUUCCCCACUGCAGGACGAGGAGCCGGUGCUGUCGGAGACAGAGGAAUGACUUUCUGA